AUGUUGUCCAGAACCGUUUUCAAAACUGUUCCUUUGAACAGGGCCCUUUUGCAGAGAAGUGCUUUGGGUGCUAGUCGUAGUAGUCAAUAUGUUGUUCCAAGGUUAAUUUCUCAAAUUCAAUCAAUUCGUAAAUAUUCUGAUCAUCAUGAUGAGGAGACAUUUGAGGAGUUUACUGCAAGAUAUGAGAAAGAAUUUGAUGAAGCAUACGAUUUAUUUGAAGUUCAAAGAGUUCUGAACAACUGUUUUUCUUAUGAUUUGGUACCCGCUCCUGUUGUUAUUGAAAAGGCUUUGAAGGCUGCUAGAAGAGUCAAUGAUCUACCAACGGCGAUUAGAGUUUUUGAGGCUUUGAAGUACAAGGUGGAGAAUGAGGACCAAUACAAGGCUUAUUUGGAGGAAUUGGGCGAUGUAAGGAAACAGCUGGGUAUUCCAUUGAAAGAAGAGUUAUUCCAAGAGACAGCUUGA